GCCAGUUGCUAUAAUUAUAAUUCACAAGACUUUACUGCCGGAGAAACCCCACACCACAUCGUCGGUGGAGGGUUUUUUCAAGGUACAAUCCUCAUGAGCGGUGUGAUGGUUGUACCCUCUCAUUCAAUAAAUUCUCUCCUUCCUUCAUUAAAAACCAGACACCGCACUGUUUAGGAAUCCAACCACCCAAUACAACUCCACCCCCACCCCCACCCCACAACAAGCUUCUCUUGUUUUUCUUCAACUGUUGAUUCAUCAAGAAAACUGAAAAAAGUAGGUGAUUAUCAUUAUUGUUGGUAGCCCACUAAGCAGAAAUGAAAGAUGAAGAAGCCCAGAGGAUCCAAACAACUCCUAGCAGCAGCAGUACUAGUACAGCUUCAGCACCAAGUUUCAGUGUCAAGAAAGAUGGCUCUGGCUUUGAGGGACUGUUUGGCAGAGGCAAGUACAAGUUGUGGGCUUUGGCUGCCAUAACUCUGUUGGCCCUUUGGUCCAUGUACACUGGCUCUGUCACUCUUAAAUGGUCUGCUGAUAAUCUUACAAACUCCUCAGAUGACUUGGACCACUCCAUCCAUGGUGAUCUUGAUGUUCUGGAUGUAGAUGAAAGGGUAAAGAUGGUGACGCAAAUGUGGAAUGUGUACAAGCAUAGCAGUAUUGCUAGGCUGCCAAGAUUCUGGCGAGAUGCAUUUGGGGCAGCAUAUCAAGAACUGACCAGUGACGUUGCCAGUGUGCGGAACGCUGCCCUUCUGGAGAUUGCCAAGAUGUCCUUCCGGUCUACCGACGUAUACGACCCACCUCCGGUGGAGUCGACUGCUAGAACAUCGGAAGGGGAAGUUCGACCAAGAAUCCAGGUUGUGAAGACAAGAAAGCAGAAAUGACUAUUGCCAGAGCAACGGCAGAAUAAUGCAGUCUCAGAUUUAAUGUAAGUUUGCAUGAAACGAUUACAGUCUCCGCCAUAGACUCAGCUAGUCUACUGUUAUACGGUACCGCCUUUGCAUCCUCAUCACAAAGUGAUGAGAUGCACUCCAAGUUCCUUUUCCAGGUUAUAUUACUACAUGCAUACUAAAGUGUGGCAAAAUUGGGAGAGUAGUUGUAAUAAAUGAUCAUCUCCUUGCAAUACAAAAGCUUCUUCUUGUUCUUCA